AUGGCGGAGUUCCUGCCUCUUUGCGACGUACUCUUCAAUGUCAUCUCCCUGGCAGGCUACUUUUGCGACGUCGUGUUCGACGUAGUCAUGGGAUACGCUCUUCUGGAGCGGGGCUAUAAGGGCACGUUCGCAGCCACAAUAUCUAUAGUUGUUACGUCGUUAUUAAUAUCUCAGGUGCUAUCCCUUCGGUGGUAUUUACACGUAUGGUGGGCGGGAGAAGGACGCAAGGGUCGUCCGCCAUGGUUGCCCAUACUUCUUCACUGCUUGCAAGUCGGCGUGCUGUGGAGAUACGCCCGUCUGCUUGUGCCAGUUGAACUACGUCGCGUUAAGCACCAAGUACGAGAUCUUUGCAUGCUGCGCUUGGUGCAUGCAUUCUGUGAGGCGGCGCCCAUGUUGCUGCUACAGCUGCACAUACUGCUUAAGGAUACGACCAGCGAACCGACCAACGAACUUGGUGUUACGCCCGAGCCAAGUAUUGAUGAGCCAUCGGCGAACAAGGCGUUUGCUGAGCUGAACGUGAUAUCAGCGUCACUUUCGCUGUUCUCUGUCUGCUGGGCGCUGGCCAGCUUCAGCAAGAACGUGCGCCUUCAAAACGUGCAUAGGCUUGUUCUCACUUGGCUCGGCGUCAUCUUCCAGUUCCUAUGGAGGCUAGGAACUAUCUCUGCAAGAAUUUGCGCCCUCACCGUGUACGCUCUAGUCUAUGAAUAUUGGGUAUUUUUAGUUAUAGGUCUUCAUUGGGUGUCGAUGUUUCUAUGGUUGAUCUCCCCAAAGAACGUGUUCCACGGCGAGCGCAUCAGCCGUCCACGUAAAGCGUACCUCUCCGCGCUCAUCGCUUUCGUAUACGUCUUUGCCUACGUCAACUUGCAGGAGCUCAACCACAGACAGAAGAUGGUGAUCUUCUACUGCGUGAUGUGCGUGGAGAACUGGUUGCUGGUGAGCGCGUGGUGGUGGUCGGGACGCGCGGCGCGGCCCGCCGCCACCGCCGCCGCCGCAGCCGCCGCCUUCUGCGCCGGCCUCGCCUUCAUGCUGCUCUACUACAGGUACUUUCAUGUCAGAAGAUUGGGCUACAUGUUAGGGGAACACCAACAAGGUACUAACAGUACGAACGCAUCUUCACAAAACAAGAACGGUAAAAUCUCUCCUCCAACAGACAACGCGGCAAUACCAGGAGUGUUCAACUGCCGCUUUUCGAAUCCGGUCAACAACAGUGCGGCGAACGGUCGUAAAAAGAAGAAGCCGACGUCAUUCGUGCCACCGCCGGCCGCCCCGCCCGCCGCCUUCUGGAGGCGGCCUCUUCCCGCCGCACACAAUCAUCAUGGAGGUUCAUCAGAAAAUGAAGGCUCGAGCGUAGGCUCUCGUGUCAACAUCCAACAGAAACUACAAGAGAAGAAACAGAAACAGCUCGCAGAGUUACGCGUUAUAGAGGAAGAAAUUAAACAAGGCAAACUCGCCAAAACCACUCCGGUCGCCGCCGAAGAAAUAUACAGCAGUCUACAAAGACAACCCAUUCCUAGAGCAAAGACACACGCUGAACCGCCAGCGUGGCCUAGCAUAGAAAUGACCCAUUCCUAUCAAAAUUACCCAGUGCUGCCACACACUUGCAACUUGUACCCGACGUACACGGAAAUAAAACCAGAAUACACCGCCCAGAACUUCCAAAACAACGACGCGGCCUCCCAAAACGAUAUCAAAAUGCGUAUUCCGAAUAUAUAUAACCAGGAAACGAGAGGUUUUUACGAGAAUCCAGCGAAUGUAAGGGGAGAAAACAGGGUCCUAAUACGCUCCCCCAACUAUCUCGCCUUGAGCGAAACCAGAAACUACGAGCCCAACGCGUGCCGCAGUCCAAGAAAUGUAAUCAACAGUAGCCCAAGAAAUAAUUACAUACCCGAUGUAAAUACCAGCAAUUACGAAACGAGCGUCUUAGAAAAACCAAGGAUACCAAAUCCGAACGCGACAAGUAUAUACUCGGAGGAUCACAGACCGAGUCUCGGCGAAUUUUCUGGUUAUUGUGAGGGUGGGGGUCAAAGCGUGUACAAUAAAUAUGGGGAGACCAAAGACGAGUACAUUUCAGCUAUCCACCCUGCCCUAUCGAAUGUUCAAAGUAUAGACAAUGUUAGGAGUAUUUAUAAUGAAGUUGGUUCGUGUAACCAGUAUGGACAGAACUGCGACAGGAUGCCCCCUUAUCCAGCGAUAGCGGGGAAAAAGAUGGAGCAGAUGAGAAAGAUGCAGAGGUGUCGGACUCCGGAGAUUCUUUUGGCGCCGCAUUACCUAGAAGGUUGCAGUAGGCCAGUGUGCUGCCAUUGGAGCGGAUCUUACACCAACAGGAAAAAAGAAGAUGGAAUUGGAGUGGGUGUGGCGGGCAGCAGCGGCGAGGAGUCCAGCCCCGAGGGACCCGCUCGGGAGACCCCGCGCCCGCCCAGCGACAUCGAUAGCCAGAUAUCACUCCCUAGGUCCUACACACUGCCUAGAGAGUUCCGGUAUUGGCGACGACGACCUCGACUAAGAGACGCCCAUGUUCCAAGCAAUAACAGCAGUGAUGGUGACGUGGACAGCGGCGACAACGACAGCUCGCGGCAGUCGGAGUGCUCGGGCGCGUCGCAGCCGCACGUGCGCCGCGCGCGCCGCCCGCACCCCGCGCCCCACCCGCACCACGCCCACCCCCUGCGGCACAAGCCCGAGACCGAGCUGUGA